AUGUCGACUACUUCGAAAGAUGCUACAGCCCUCCAGCCCGGUGCCCGUAUUUUGGUCACGGGAGCCAAUGGCUACAUUGCGUCGAACGUCGUGGACGUCUUGCUAUCUCUUGGCUACCUCGUCCGAGGCACUGUCCGUGAAGAAAAGCCAUGGCUUGUUGAACUCUUCGAGUCCAAAUAUGGAUCUGGCACAUUUGAGACAGUGAUCGUUCCCCAUUUGGACGAUCAAGAAGCCUUGCUCAAGGUUCUGGAUGGAGUUAGCGGUGUUGUCCAUCUGGCUACUGAUGUAUCAUUCAACGCUGACCCUAACGUUGUCAUAACUAAAGUCGUUGCAUAUACAGAAGCAAUCUUGAAAGCUGCCGACAAAGCAACGGUCAAGAGAGUUGUCUUGACUUCAUCGUCAGCGUCUGCAUUUGUUACACAGCCUGGCGUGGAGGAUAUCGUGGUAACAGAAGAUACAUGGAACGAUGCAGCUGUAAAAGCAGCGUGGGAUGAAAACACCCCCGCCGAAGCAAAGCCCUUUAUCAUCUACAGCGCAUCCAAAACCGAGGGCGAAAGGGCUGCAUGGAAUUGGGUCAAAGAGAACAAGCCAGGUUUUACCUUUAACGCUGUACUUCCAAAUCUCGUUUUAGGGAAAGUAGUUCACCCGAAUAUUAAAGGUUCGACUAUGAAAUGGGUUGCGGCAUUGCUGGAAGGAAAUGCCGACGUGCUCUCAAUGCUCCCUCCCCAACAUUAUGUCAAUGUUGAAGAUGUCGCACGUAUCCAUGCAAUUGCUCUUCUUGACCCAAAUGUCAACUCUGAGCGUCUUUUCGCCUUUGCCGCCCCUUAUACCUGGGUUGGCAUCAUCGACAUUUUGAAAAGGCUCAGGCCGUCUAAUGAUAGGAUUCCCAGCCCUCCAGCAAACGAACUCCCUGAUCUGAGCCAAGUUGUACCGGCUAAGAGAGCAGAGGAAUUGCUAAAGUCCUUUUUUGCACAGCGUGGUUGGGUUGGCUUGGAAGAGACUGUGAAGGCUGGCAUUGAAAGCUUGGGGCUUUAG